CCCUCCUUAAACCUAUCGAAGGCGUAAGAUUUCCAAUCCUCCCAUUAUUGAACGCUAAUACAGGCAUAAGCGCUGCCAGGUGUUGCUUUUGUGUUGCUGUGCUUAAUGACGCCCGCCUUUUAAGAAUAACACACACAGUCAGCAGCCACAUUACAGUGAGUGAGUGCGUGUGCACAGAGAGAGGAGCUUCGCGUGUUGUUUGGUGGGGGGAGGUAAGAUAUCAUUUGCAACUUCUUUUUCUUUUUUUGCGAUUCACUUCCAUUACCGAUCAAUAGACAAAACAGGAAGAGGAGUUUGAAAUAAACAUCACAACUCACACACACACACAUAAACAAAACAUGUCUUGGCAAAGUUACGUUGAUACAAAUUUGGUGGGAACUGGAGAAGUAACCUCUGCAGCCAUUGUUGGUCACAAAGGUGGAGUUUGGGCCUCUAGUGCCGGCUUCCAGCCAAACCAACAAGAGAUCACAGCUUUGGUCUCCGGUUUCGAUGACCCUUCCCCUCUGCAAGCAGGUGGUAUUCACGUUAACGGUGUCAAGUACUUUGCACUACAAGCAAAUGACCGAAGCAUCUAUGGAAAGCAAGGCGGAAAUGGAUUGAUCGCUGUAAAGACAAAUCAAGCCGUUCUAAUCGGUCAUUAUGCAUCGCCAAUCUUGCCUGGACAGGCAACAAAAGUUGUUGAAAGUUUGGCGGAUUAUCUGAUCAGCGUUGGAUAUUAAAAAGCAGGAACACAAGCAAGCGGGAUAAACAAACAAUUGUUCAAA